AUGGCUGAUAAAAGAAAAGAAUCGCCUUCUUUAACACAGAGAUCCGGCCAACUUGUUAAGAAACAGAGGCCAGAACCAUCAAAUAAUUCGCUGAUCAUUUCAGCAAGUUCUGGUAAUGGUGCUUUAACACAGACGGUCAAACGUACUUCUGGACUUCAAUCCCCUAUAAUGUUAUUAAGUGGACAUCAGGGAGAAAUUUUUACUUUAAGGUUUGACCCAACAGGACAACACAUUGCUUCAGGAUCUUUUGAUAGAAAUAUAUUAAUGUGGAACACUUAUGGCGACUGCCUUAAUUACGGCUUGUUGAAAGGUCACAACGGUGCGAUUAUGGAAUUGCAGUGGUCUCGUGACUCUAGUAAAAUAUAUUCAUGUGCAACAGACAAAACUGUUAGUGUAUGGGAUGUUGAAACUG